UGAGCCCCGCGCGCUGCCGUCCGGGCCCCUCCAAACGAGCCCAGGGGGCUGGCGCGGCGCGCCCGGCUCCGUAGGUCCCGGGCACUCGCGCGGCGGAUCCGAGCAGGCCGGCGCCUGCAUCCCACCAUGUCCGCCCUCGCCAAGGCCUCCGGCGUCCUCAAGUCAGUGGACUAUGAAGUGUUUGGCCGGGUGCAGGGCGUUUGUUUCAGAAUGUACACAGAAGAUGAAGCUAGGAAAAUGGGAGUAGUUGGCUGGGUUAAAAAUACCAGACAAGGGACUGUUACUGGCCAAGUUCAGGGCCCAGAAGAUAAAGUAAAUGCGAUGAAGGCCUGGCUGAGUAAAGUUGGAAGUCCCAGUUCUCGCAUAGACCGAACCAACUUUUUUAAUGAAAAGGAGAUCUCCAAGCUUGAUUUCUCAGGAUUUAGCACUAGAUACUAAUGGAGGAAGAAAUCUUUAAGCACAAAAUUAUAAUGCUUCAGCUGCAUAGUAAUUUAUGUGUCUCCGUAAAAUAGCACGACAGCACUUUUUUGAUGUCUGCUUCAUACUAAAGUAUAAAAAUACCCCUUUUACAUAAUGCAGGACUGUCAGUUACUCUAUUAGAAAUUUCACAAUGUAAAUCUUUACCAACAUUGCCAAUUUAUAUAUAAUUUACUUAGAAGGAAGUAUAAAAAAUCAAUAAAAACAUACAACUGCAAAAUCAGAAAAUACUACUGCACAGUGAAAUUUGUAAGACAUGAUCAUACAGAACCUAGUCUUUGCCCAAUAAAAUAUUUGAUUUAUAUAUAUUAAAAAACAAACAAAUAAAAAACAACUUAAAUUUCACUGUGACAUAAUUAAAAAUGUUUAAAUACUUUAAGUAAUCUUUAAACAGGAUCACAGCAACGUUCAGGAGUAUAUCCUAUAUGCUAUGAAUUGUAAAGUUCUCUUGUAUUAUUUGUAAUAAUUAGUUAAUG